ACGUAUGAUAAAGUUCCGGCAAAAUAAAGCGCGCCACGGGACUUGUCUAGCAGGAAAUCCAUGGUUCAAUACAACUCGUGAAAAUGGCUAAGAAUGACGAAGGAAGUGGACGCCCGUUGCCAAUCAAAGUUCUCUCUGGUCAGUUAAGAGAUGGGACUUGUAAAGGACUGAAUGACAACAUGGAAUGUAGCGUCAGAGUCGCUAAUAGUCGUUCAAUCUCCGUUUCAAUGGUGUGGAUGCAAGGGACCGUACUGGAAGCUAAAUUGGAUCGCAACAUGGUACUUCUUUUGGACGAGACGGGGAGUUUCGUUGUGCAGGGUGUAAACAACAUUCCAAAAGGCAAACCAUGCUUAUCCCAAGGUAAAUAUGUGAUGGUGAUGGGGGUUCUCCAAGCCACCUCGCCAGAACCAGUAAUCCGGGCAGUGAAGAUGGCAGACCUCACGAAAGAUGCCGCCAUCCACCGGAAGAUGUGGAAGUUGGAGGUGGAAGAUUUGCAGCAGCUUUCUACGUAGUUGCUGUGGUUUUUGGACUGAAACGGACACCUUUUUUGUGCAGCCUUUAAGCCCUUGAAACUGAUGGUUGGAUUCCUGAACAGAUAUAACAGUAGUAAUGCCUGAGCAGGGGAAACUCAGCAUAGCUUUAUGCAGUAAGCCUUUAAAACUAGACCAUGUGGCAUGGACCAAGACUUUACACAAGUUUAUGUUAAGGGUUAAGAAAAAGUUGCACGUUACCCUGUUCUUUCAUUUGUUACCUGCUGAGUUAAUUCAUUUCCAAAUAGCUUAUGAACAGCAUGUAUUUGUUUAAUAAAAUUUCAUUUUUACUUAGGUUUACAAUACACCAUGCAUCAGUAUAAUUUGUGUGUGCAAUCAAAUCAACAUUUUAAAAUUAAUUUAAAAGCUAGCGCUCACGAUUAUGAAGUUCAUGGAUUGAAUAGAUUAGACUUUAUUUUCUGGCCUGGGAGUAAAGGUUUAUGCAGCAACCAUCUUGAGUAUAAAAUGCCAUUUAUUUGGUCUUUGUGCACUUUUAACAUUAAAUACUUGGGAAAAACUUAAAAUGACAGAUUGAAUAA